AUGUCUUCACAUAAGACCACACCAUCAUCCUCAUCGCAUCCUUCAUCUACCGGUCAAUCAUCUACAGGUCAAUCCUCCUCUUCUCGUCCGUCUGGCGCGCGAACAUCAAGCAGUAAAACAUCAAAGUCUUCUGGAUCAAAGACAAGCACCGCAAAGAGAAUCACACGCGGCCUGGCAAUCUUAAUUCCCUCCAGCGAUAAAGAAGUCAAGAAACGACUGCGAGUAGUUUCUUCACCGAAAAUGGGUUCUAUGAGUCCUAAUACCAGUGCGGCUAAAUUCGAUUGCUACCCACCAUAUCCUUUACAUGCCAGUGUCAAAGACAAAUUGGAUCCCGCCUAUGUCGCAUUUUAUAAUAAACAUGUGGUGAAUAAACAGCAAGUACAUUUACAGCCUGUAGCUGCCUCGAGGACGAGUGGAGUGUUGAUUCCGGGUGGUGGCCCUCAACUUUCAGUUGGAAGGGUAGAGGAUAUUGUGGUGAAGAGGAGGGAAACGAAGGGGCCGGAUGUUAGAUGUAGAGUUUUCAUACCAGAAGGGGAACCUCCUGUAGAAGGCUGGCCGUUAGCACGACAAGGAUGGCCGCUGAUGGUGUAUUAUCAUGGUGGAGGUUGGGUGCUAGGGAAUCUUGAUACGGAGAAUACUGUGUGUAGUCAUUUAUGCGCAAGGAGUAGAUGUGUGGUUGUAACUGUAGAUUAUCGACUCGCACCAGAAAGUCCCUAUCCCACCGCCGUCCACGAUUCCUGGGAAGCCCUCACCUACAUGCUCACCACAGGCAUCAAGCGGUUCAAUCUCAACCCAACCCUCAUCGCUGUAGGCGGCAGUUCAGCAGGCGGAAACCUCGCAGCAGUAAUGACGCAUAAACUACUCACCUACAACUCAGAACAUCCCGAAAGCCCCUUGCCAUUCUUCAAGGCACAGCUUCUCAUCGUGCCCGUAACAGAUAACACGGCGUCCGUUUGGAACAACGACUCUUGGCGGCAAUACGAGUUUACGCCUGCCUUACCCGCGGCCAAAAUGGAGUGGUACCGCAAUCACUAUUUACCGGAUGAGAAGCGGCGGGGGGAGCCCGAAGCCAGUCCGCUGUUUUAUACGGACAACGGGGGGGGAGUGAAGGAGCGGUGGAGGAGGUUGCCGAGGGCGUUAGUGGUUGUUGGAGAGCUGGAUGUGUUGAGGGAUGAGGGUGUUGCGUAUGCGCAAAGACUUUCGAAGAAUGGGGUUGAUGUGCAGUUCAAGGUUAUGAAGGGGAUGCCGCAUCCGUUUUUGGCGAUGGAUGGGGUGUUGAAGCAGGGACGGGAUACGAUUUCGUAUAUGGUUCAGAUGUUGAAUGAGGUCUUUGCUUAUAAUAAUUGA